ACUCGUAUCUUCCGAUGGCUUCCAGCGAUAAAUCUCCGGAUCCAACACCUAUUAGAGGCGGGGAUCAGCCAAUUCCCCCAGGAAAGCCGAUGUCGAUGGAGCAGCACAUGCUGGACAAGGGAGCAAAGAUGUUGCAGUCUUUUAAGCCAAUAAAGCAGAUAAGCCAGCAUGUGUGCACCUUCGCCAUAUAUAGCCAUGAUAUGUCUCGCCAGAUAGAGACCCACCACUAUGUCACCAGGAUCAACCAGGAUUUCCUUCAGUGCGCAGUUUAUGAUACCGACGACUCUAAUGGCCGGCUCAUAGGAGUGGAAUAUAUAGUGUCAGAUAAGAUAUUUGAAAGUUUGCCGCCUGAAGAGCAGAAGCUCUGGCACUCUCAUGCUUAUGAGGUGAAGUCAGGCCUGUUGGUUCAUCCCAAGGUUCCAGAAAUGAUAGUGAGACCAGAACUGGAAAAUUUGGCCAAAUCCUAUGGCAAGUUUUGGUGCACAUGGCAGAUCGAUAGAGGUGAUAGGCUUCCAUUGGGAGCACCUGCACUGAUGAUGUCUCCACAAGGUGUGAACUUGGGCAUGGUGGCUCCAGAGCUAGUUGAAAAAAGGGAUGUGAAGUACAAUAUAUUAACAGAUGCUAUAAAGCAAUCGAGGGUAGAGAUCGCAGAGCCAGAGUGGAUCAAUCCUCAGGCCGACUACUGGAAGCUGCAUGGGAAAGGUUUUGCCAUUGAUAUUGAGAGGACUGAAAUGAAACUGAGGGCGCCUUUCCCAUGAUCGUAGUUAUACGUACAAUAGUUUGUAAAGUGAGGACGUAUAUAGUAUGGUCGUCUCUGUAGUGUGUUAAUUUGCAGAUAUGUUUUGUAUAUGUUCUAAAUGAUACCUAUCAAUGGUGCGUGUUUGAUUCAAGCCUCUGUAGUAUGUUAAUUGGAAGAUGUUUUGGGUGCGUCUAAAAUGAUGCUCGUGUAUGUUAGAAUUUUUCUUCUCCUUUUUGGCUCUAUUUCUGAGGAAAUAAAAAUACUUUCCCUCUCUCUGGGAAGUUAAGGGUACAGACUUGGAUCUUGAGCAGCAGCUGGAGGUGCACAGUGAUAGCCAGAGCUUUUCUUCGCGUCAGACCUAACAUUUUGGUGUUCGUAGCCUUUCUAGGCACGACGAUUACGAACGCCGUUAGCCUUAUGUUUGUUACCUUUGCUAUUUUGGUUGUUGGGUUCCCUGGUUCUUAAAUCAGUGCUCUGUUUUUUUUCUCUCUUUUUUUUUUCUUUUGAAGUCAAUGCUCCGUCUGGACUUCCUAAGCCAUGGCUUUGUCUCUUCCUCAACUGGGUUUGUGAUUGUUGAAAUGCCUUUUUGUGUUCAUCCUCCUCUUUGGGAUACAUAUGUUGCAUCGCUAUGCAAUGGAGGUGCUUUUAACGCCGGCUGGGUUUGUUAAUCUGAGUUCUUGAGCCUUUUUGUUUUGUGGGCUUCUUUUGGCCUCGAGGGCUUGGCCGUCUGGUUAAUGAACUGUUUACGUUAGAGAGGAAACAAAAAGAAAAAAAAGAAAGAAAUCGGCCGUGAUAUUCUUAUUUUUGAAUGUGGGGCUGGUUGAUUUGUUUGUGCUGAGGGCAAAGGAUCAUCGAGCACCCCUCUCCCGGACUUGGUUAGAUCUGUCAUGUGUACUUGUAUUUUUUGCUAGACAGACAAGUUGGAGAUCGAUUUCAUGGAGUUUAACUGCGCUUGUUUUUCUGUUGUGUGUUAAUGAGACAGAAGAUAGACCUCGGAUUUCACAAAGUCAUGAUCCUAUCAUCGACACAGAUGUGGACAAAAACAUUGAAAAAAUGGAUGCUAGAAUUGGGAACGUUCUCAAUUGCCCAUGCGUGCUCAUGCAAUUUUUGUUCCCCACCCCUCCUCUGACCUGC